AUGUUUUGGGAUGCCACCGUUCGUCAAAGAAAUUGCCGUUUUGGUCAUGAGUCCAAUUUAACUCAUUUUCCUAUAUAUACGAAAAAUUUAUGCAUCCAGGAAUGCCGCCUCCGUCUUGUCUAUGAAGUUUGCAAGUGUAUACCACAUUUUUAUCCCAAUCGAGUUAACAAGCCAAAGCGUGUAUGUGAUUAUCACACUCUGAAAAGAUGUUUUCCUCCAAAUAAGGACUAUUUCUUAAAACUCUAUCGCCAGAGAGGGGAUAGUCAAGAAAUCGAUACAGCUCCAUGCUAUUGUGAUCAAAAUUGCAGAGAUUCUGUUGUGAGUGCAACACACCAGGUAGAUACAUCCGAAUAUAUACAUGGCAAUGGCGCUACUAUGACAAUGACCGAAUGGCCUAGUUUGCAAUACAGGCGUGAAGUUUAUCUCACAUUUACAGACCUAUUGGUGUAUAUUGGUGGAACAGCAGGACUCUUUAUUGGUUUCAAUGUUCUGGGUGCCAUCGAGAUUGUAUAUUUUUUCACCAUGCGUUUACUGUUUAAAUUACUUGGAUAUAAACUUUAG